AUGGCUCGAAGAGUGAGCAUCAAUGAGCUGGAGGACCAGCUCCUCUGUCCCAUCUGCUUGGAGGUCUUCAAGGAGCCCCUGAUGCUGCAGUGUGGACAUUCAUACUGCAAGUCCUGCGUGGUGUCACUCUCUGGAGAGCUGGACAGGCAGCUCCUGUGCCCUGUGUGCCGCCAGACUGUGGACUGCAGCGCUUCGCCACCCAACGUCACACUGGCCCGCGUCAUCGAGGCACUGCAGAGCUGGGGUGAGGCAGAGCCCACCCCAGAGUCCUGCCCAACACACCACAACCCCCUGAGCCUCUUCUGCGAGGCUGACCAAGAGGUGAUCUGUGGGCUGUGUGGCACCAUCGGCAACCACCGCCAGCACAAGAUCAGCCCCAUCUCCACCGCGUACUGCCGGAUGAAGGAGGAGCUGUCUGUGCUGCUGACUGACAUCCACCAGUACAAGAGGAACCUGGAUGAACACUUCAGUAAGCUCAUCAACAACAAAAGCCGCAUCGCAAAUGAGGUGGAUGUCUUCAAGUGGGUGAUCCGGAAGGAGUUCCAGGAGCUGCACAGGUACAUCGACGAGGAGAAGGCCACCUUCCUGGAGAGCAUCGAGGGGAAGGCUGCCCAGCUUAUCAGCUCCAUUGAGACCCAGGUCAAGCAGACAUCAGACGCCCUGCAGAGGCUUAAGGAGAUGCAGAGCUCUCUGGAGGCACUCAGCAGUGAAAGCCAGAUGGAUUUCAUCCGGAAAUACAGCUCCUUCCAGUUCAGGUCAGAGCUGCCCAGCCUGCACCCUGGUGAUGGUAUCUUUAACCCCGUGUCCUUUAAGCCGUGUUUCCACCAAGAUGACAUCAAGAUGACCGUGUGGAAGCGCCUGCACCGCCGUGUCCUGCCAGCUCCGGAGACGCUGAAACUGGAUCCCGUGACAGCGCAUCCCCUCCUGGAGCUCUUCAAGGGUGACACGGUGGUGCAGUGUGGGCUUUACCAGCGCCGGGACAGUAACCCCAAGCGUUUCAACUCCAGCAACUGCAUCCUCACCUGCAAGAGCUUCUCCCACGGCCAGCACUACUGGGAGGUGAUUGUGGGCACCAGGAACCACUGGCGCGUGGGCAUCAUCAAGGGCACAGUCAGCCGCAAAGGGAAGCUCAGCAAGUCUCCUGAGCAGGGCGUGUGGCUCAUUGGCCUGAAGGAAGGGAAGGUCUACGAGGCGUUCAGCACCCCGCGGGCCACCCUGCCGCUGACUGCCCGGCCCCAGCGCAUCGGCAUCUACCUGCACUACGAGAGGGGCGAGCUCACCUUCUACAACGCCGACAGCCCCCACGAGCUCAGCCCCAUCUACACCUUCCAGGCAGAGUUCCAGGGCCAGCUCUACCCCAUUGUGGACCUGUGCUGGCCAGACCGAGGGCCCUACUCCCCUCCCAUCAUCCUGCCUGCACCCAUGGGCAGCCGAUACCCCCGGGUGCUGUACAACCACCCUGCCCCAGAUGAAUCCACCAAGCCAUAGCUUGGCCAGUGGAUGAGGCCGUGGCCAGGGAGGUCUGUAGCUGGUUCCUGGGGCCCUGCAGGAUAGAGUCAGGCUGUGGUGCAGGGUUGUCCUCAUGUGGAAGCUGUGAUACUGCAGCUUCAGCAGCACAGGAGGGUCCUUAUCCAGGAAAUCUGAAUCCCCAUCCCCAUCUGUUGAACUGACCCAAAAGUCCAAGAGCUGGCCUGCAAAGAUCUCCCUAUGGAAAGGAGCACCUGCCUGAAGUGUGUAAGCCACGAUGUCCCUGGUCUUUGCUGGCCAUGUCUUCUUCUCAAUAAAUAGCUUCCACUUGGUAAGCUGCUUGCUGGCUAGCACAGAGACCACCUCUGAGGAACCAGUAGUGGCUGGAGCUGAGCAGGAGCUGGCAGGGGAAAACGGGAGCCAGACAGCAGGACUGUUUGCUUCUGGU